CAAACCAAAAAACGUCCAAACCACCAAAAACCUCCGAGAAAACAAAUCCACCCCGGCGCGGAGCUGCCCUCCUCGCUGCCACCUCCUUCCCUUCCCUUCCCUUCCCUCCCUCCCUCCCCGAGCCCCCCGUUAUAUCGCCACCACCGGCUCCGCUACUGCUCGUCACGUCUUCUCCCUGCCCGCCCCCCAUCCCCCUCCGGCUACCCGGCGGGCGCGGCGCGGCGCGUUCUCUGGCCGGCCGGUUCCUGCGUCGGUCGGCGGGCGGGCGGAUGUCGCUGUUCCGGCGGCUCUUCUACCGGCGGCCGCCCGAUGGGCUCGUCGAGAUCUCCGGCAACAUCCUCGUAUUUGACCACUGUUACUCCAUGGAUUUGCUGGAAGAAGACGAGCUAAUGCCAUACAUUGGAGGAAUCUUAAAACAGCUAUUUGGCCGAUACUCCAUCGACUCAUUCAUGGUAUUCAACUUUGAGGGAAGCAAGAAGGACAAUCAAAUUGCCAGCAUUUUCUCAUAUUAUGACAUGUGUGUGAUGGGUUACCCACGUAACUAUGAAGGAUGCCCCUUGCUCACCAUGGAGAUGAUUCACCAUUUCUUGAGAUCUAGUGAAAGCUGGCUCUCAUUAAGCCAGGACAACUUUCUGUUAAUACAUGCAGAACAUGGUGGAUGGCCAGUUCUUGCAUUUGCAUUGGCAGCCCUAUUGGUCUACCUCAAAAGGUAUACUGAUGAGAGGAAAGCUUUGGAGGCAGUCUGCAAACAGGCACCUGAUGGGUUAGCUGAGCUAUUCUCACCACUGGACCCAGUGCCUUCUCAACUAAGAUAUUUGAAGUAUGUGUCGAAACGGCACAAAUCACCAGAAUCAUGGCCUCCUGUUGACAAAAUGCUGAAUUUGAACUGUAUAAUAAUCAGGAAGGUACCAAACUUUGAUGGGCGAGGGGGAUGUAGACCAAUAUUCCACAUUUAUGGCCUAGAUCCCCUUGCGCCUAAUGACAGGGCUACUAAACUUCUCUUUUCGACACCAAAGACAAGUGAUUUCGUCCAGCUCUAUACACAGGAAGAGUGUGAGAUAAUCAAGGUUAAUGUCCAUUGUGCUGUUCAAGGAGACAUUGUAAUUGAGUGUGUCAGCCUGGAUGAGGACUUCGAACAUGAAGUUAUGGUGUUCAGAGCCAUGUUUAGCACAGCUUUUAUUGAAGACAAUUUGUUGGUACUUGAUAGGAACCAGAUUGACAUUCUGUGGGACACAAAACACCGGUUUCCUGUAGACUUCAGAGUUGAGGCUAUAUUUUCUGAUAUGGGAAUGGGCACAACCACUCACAAAUCAGAGUUAUCUAGUGAGGAGAAAGAAAGCCUUUCCAAGGUUGAUGAUGCCUUCAGCCAUCUGGAUUGGUCAAGCAAAACUGAUCACAUCACAAAUGAAGAAUCAAAACAGAAGGGAUUACACGGAGAACAUGACGGCUUUGACACAAUACCUAUAGAGGAAACAGAAAUCAGCAGCGCAUCAGCUGAAAACAGCAGCAGAUCUGUCCAGAUUCAUCACAUAGAACCUGCUGAAAACCAUUCUUCUCUUGCCAAUGUGCAUUCUUCGCCAGAACCUGAGCCUUCUGGACCGAACUUUCAAGGAGGUCAACCCUUCAAUGAUACAUCUGCACAGGAGGAACCUGAAGUGGAUGACUCCAAAAUCAAACCCAAUUCAGAAACUUCCCGAGAUGCAGAAACUGGCGGUGCUGCCGCUGCCACCGCCGAAUGGUCUGACAACAACUCGGAUGUGUUUCUGUCAGACACACACACCCCCUCGAGCAGCACGCCGUCUAGUCCGCCAAAGUUCGACGAAGAUAUCCUGGAGGCUGGUAUGGUUGAAACUCGAUCACAACUGACUGAACUGAAGAUAUAACGAGUUUCCUUUCUUGGAUUGUAAACUGGGGCUCACCUGAUCCAUGGAUGAUGGAGCUGUCCAAACCCCAAAAUAUGUACUUCAACAGAUACGUUUACGCAACAUGGGAAAAUGAUGGUAGUUCAGGCCAUAUUCUCAAGCAUGUACAGUUGAUGUUCUCAAACAUGUAUAAAAGAUUGAUCCAGAUUUUGUUGCUUACCGGAGUAUUCCGCCUCCUUAAUAGUAGUAUUAUUAUUGAUGAA